AUGAAGGUCCAUUCAUAUUGGGUCAAGUUGCACGUACUUCGAGAGUUUGAACUGCGAUCAGGUCUUGCUGUUAGUGUGCAAAAAUCAUCCUUCUUCGCCUCAGGUAUAACGGAAGCUGAAACGGACCUGAUCAAGUUCUCAACAGGCAUGCCUAUGGGUACUCUUCCGGUCCGCUACUUAGGUGUCCCCUUAUGCACGAAGAAAUUGUCGCUCUUAAACUGUGAAGGACUCCUUCAGCAGAUCAAAAGCAGGCUUUCAUCAUGGAGCGCUAAAUCCUUGUCUUUUGCUGGACGUCUUCUGCUCAUCAAGACAGUUAUCACUGGCAUAACCACGUUCUGGUGCUCAACAUUUAUCCUUUCUCAAGCCUGCGUAAAAAGGAUAAAUUCCCUUUGUGGGGUCUUUCUUUGGCAAGGGGAUAUAGAGCAACACCAUACAGCGAGAGUUUCAUGGAAAGUAGUCACAAAACCUAAGGGGAAGGAGUCAGGUUCGGUGUGGGUUGCUUGGUUCAAGACAGAGGUGUUGAAUGGUAACAUGAGCAACCUUUGGAUCAUGCCCCCUGACCGUCGCUACUCAUGGCAGGUCAACAAGAUCCUGAAACUGAGCUCGAAAAUCUUCAGUUGUGUUAAACUAAGAGUGCAGAAUGGCCAGUCCUGUCUCUUCUGGAGUGAUAAUUGGUCUCCUUACGGCUCCCUGAGAUCUUAUCUGCUUGACGGUAGCGCUUCCACGCUGGGAAUUCCUGAUCAUGCUACACUAGCCACUCUACAUAUCAACAAUAACUGGAUGCUACCCCCUGCAAGAUCAGAGCGCUUGGUCAACAUUCAUGCGUUGCUAACGACAAUAAACCUUAAUGAGAGUGAGGACUAUUAUGAAUGGGAGGUUGAUGGAAAGGAGCUUCGGUGCCUUGGUGUAUGGAAUAAAGCUGGGAUACCCAGACACAGCUUCCUAACUUGGCUCUUUGUCUUGAAUCGGUGCCCUACUAGAGACAGGAUCAGAGGGUGGGGGUUUCAAACAGAUACUGCUUGCGUCUUGUGCAAUCAAGCCGAAGAGUCCAGAGACCAUCUCUUCUUCAACUGCCAAUACUCCUGGAAUUCAAUUGACAAGUCCUCGAUCGACGACUGGUAUGCUGCUUCGUCUAUGCUGGCAAGGAUGUAUAUACUGGACCUGGAGGGAGAGAAACGCACGGAUACACCGGCAAGAUCAAAGACAUGA